AUAUUUUCUCAAUUAUUUCAAAAGGAACAAUUCGUGUAUACUCUUUACUAUGUCCGCCGAGGAAAUAAGCAAGGUUGAUGUGAUAGAGCCUUUGAAAAGGCAAAGUGACGACAUGGAAAAGAGUCUAGCGAAGCGGCCGUGUCCUGCGGAGAAGGAGGCAAAUGCUGGACCCGAGGAGAACGAUAAAGAAGAGAGCGAUGGGGCCACUGAGAAAAGGCACAGCGAAAUAAAUACAGGCCAAGUGAACAACAACGACUACACUGGCGAAGUGAUGGAAGGAGCCAAGUACGAGUACCUGGACCACACUGCCGACAUUCAGAUCCACUGCUGGGGAGACACGCUGGAGGAGGCGUUCGAGCAGGCCGUGGUUGCAAUGAAUGGUUAUCAGACUGAGCUAGAGAAAAUUGACAUGACCAGCACACAGACCGUGGAGGCUGAGGGCGAGGAUGCCCUCUCGUUGCUAUUCCACUUUCUGGACGAGUUCCUCUUCAUCUUUGCCGCCGAUCCGUUCUUUGUCGCCAGGGAGGUGAAAAUCCUAGAGUUUGACCGGGAGAACUGGCGUAUUGUUGCUGAGGGCCGAGGUGAGGCGUUUGAUCUGGAAAAGCACCCACAGGGUACAGAAGUGAAGGCAAUCACGUACUCCAACAUGCAAAUCCACGAAAAGGACGGACGGCACGAUUGCUACUUCAUACUCGAUAUCUAGGUUAAGGUGUAGCACGUGGACAGAUUUGACUGGGCGCACAGACGACGCCACUCCGCUUGUGCACCUCCUGGGGCCCAGGGUGGCUGGGUACUCAGUAGGCGGUGUGAAUGCUGGCAAUGUGGAGGGGCACCUCCAGAGAGCUGACUUAAUUCAUCAUCAAGGUCUCUCCACUACAGAGCCUUACGACUGUAGCAGCUGCCAUGGAUAGGUAAGACAUUGUGUGUUGCUGCUGCUGCUACUUAAUAUCACCACCGGAUCAAGCAUUUCAAGGCAUUGUUUGCUUGGUGCCGCUGCUGCUGAUGUAUUUUGCCGAACGUUUCCAUGGGAACUACGCCUGCGUUUGACAAGCAAGAGAACUCAAAACCUAUACUGAGUAGCGCACAGAAGGGCAUCAGCAUGCAGUAUAGCCUGCUGAAGCGCGGCUAAAAAUCUGCUUUGUCAACGCACUACCACGUUAUACGGUGCUUGGCUGAAUACGUUCUGCACCCGUGUGGCAGCUGCUGGCUUUAACGCGCUGUGUACCAUGUGGAGUUGUCCCACGUUCUCUGUUGACCAUUAGCUGCAUUCUACGUACUGGUCUGGGCUGCAGUGUUUCAUGUCGCGGCGCUCCAACUCCAACAGUCAUAGUGAGUGCUGAACCACACCGAUUGAAUGCGGCCUGGACCGUCUCCCAAGUCUUCUCAAUCGAUCCGUCGGCCACAAGAUUGUGGAGGAUCUGCGGCGUUCUCGUAGUUUCAUGCUAGGCUCCCAGGCUCUACAAGUAGAGCACGGCGCGGGGCCAGGUUUGGUCGUUGUCCAAGCCGCUCACACUCACUUCCACAUGUACAUUUAUAAUGCACUGCACUCUCAUGUGAGGUUGUUGCUGUGUUUGCAUAGUUAGAUGGCAGGAACUUGCACGGAUCAUGAUAAUUGACAUUGGCUGUCUUAAAUCUGGCACUUUUUAUUCGAUUUUUAAAAUAAUCACUACUCGUGCUCAUUCACCCGACCGCUGUGCAUCAAGAGCAUAAAUCUCUUUGUUUCUCUCUCACUCACUCUCUCUGUCUGUCUGUCUCUCCCCCCCCCCCUUGCUGCGUACACCGAUCCCCGAGACCCUUGGUCGGGGGAGUCCGCCGCACCUCACCAGCGCAGCUCAUGUAGCGCAUAUACACCCAUUGUUUUUGUUUUUUUGUCUUUGUGUUGUUUCCCC